AUGGAAAAUCGUUUUCUUCUGAGAUACCCUGAAAAAGAGCAGUUCAACCAGUACUGGUAUUCAGACAGAACCUUAAAAGCACUUGUUGACGAAGCUGACGAGCUAUUUUCACAAGGAUUUACAAGGAUUGCAUGCUUGUCGACUCCUUCACUAUACUUUUCAAUGACAGAAAAAUCAAGAGAGAAUUCUUAUCUGUUUGACAUUGACCGGGCAUUUCAAAGAGAUAAAGGAUUUGUUUAUUAUGAUUUCAAUUUCCCCGAAAAUCUUGGCCCAGCUUUGGAAAAGACCUUUGAUGCUAUCGUUGUAGAUCCUCCUUUUAUUACUCGGGAUGUAUGGGAGAAGUAUGCAAGAGCUGUCAAAUUUUUACUUAAGGAUGGAGGAAGAAUUAUUGUAAGCUCUAUUGAUGAAAAUGCUCAGAUGCUAAACGAAUUGUUAAACAUAGAAAAACAAGUUUUUCAGCCCUCAAUUCCACAUUUGGUUUACCAGUAUUCAUUUUUCACUAAUUACAACUCGCCAAGAUUUCAAGAAAAAAAUCCUGAAAUUCCAGAUGAUUAUUAUGAUUUUUCCUUUAAAUUUAUUUUUUGGCAUUUUUUAGGUAUUUUUAUUAAUAUUUACUAUAAGAAGGAUAG